CUCCCAUCUUCAAACCUUUUCUCAAUUGCCCCCUCCGCUUGACUAUGCGGCCAAUUCUUUCAGUCCUCUUCCGAACUGCGCCUGCGGCCAGGUUCGCACCGACCCGGACCGUUCGCAAUCAUCGCAUCCCUUGGAGGUUAAACCUCAAGAGCCUCGAUUCAACUUGCGCAGGAUGUUGCACCCAACAGAGACGAGCAUAUCAGCAGAUGGCUGACGAUCCCAGAUGGGUUUCCAUGGUCGAUCAGCCGCCGCAGAUUGUUCGUGUUGGUCAAAAACAUGGGCCGGGCCUGAUUAUCCUGGCGUUGAUCCCCCUAAUUUCCUUUGUUCUAGGCACUUGGCAGGUUCAGCGACUCGAUUGGAAGACGAAAUUAAUUGCUAAGUACGAGGAUCGUCUCGUCAAGCCUCCUCUCCCACUUCCCCCAAAGGUCGACCCUGAAGCUGUCACUGAAUUCGACUACCGUCGUGUUUACGCAACAGGCCAUUUCAGACAUGACCAGGAGAUGCUGAUCGGUCCUCGUAUGAGGGAGGGCCAAGAUGGCUUCCUUGUCGUCACCCCUCUCGAGCGAGACGAUGGCCAAAGCACCGUGCUGAUAAACAGAGGUUGGAUCUCGAAGAAGCUACACGAAAAGAAAGACAGGCCUCUUGGGCUCCCGCAGGGCGAGGUAACCGUUGAGGGCUUGCUACGGGAACCAUGGAAAAAGAAUAUGUUCACCCCAGAUAACAAACCAGAAGAAGGGAUAUUUCAUUUUCCAGACGUUAAACAAAUGGCCGAAUUGACGGGGAGCCAACCCAUUUGGAUCGAACAGACAAUGGGUAAGGCAAUCCCUGGUCUUACGGUUGACUUGAAUGAUACUAAAAUCUUUUAGUACCGGACCUGGUGGAGUCCUAUGACCGAGAGGCCAAGGGUAUACCAAUUGGUCGCGCCGCGGAAGUCAACCUCAGAAACAACCAUACCCAGUACAUCUUCACAUGGUAAGAAUAUUCGAAUGUCGAAAGCUUUGUUGCGUUAAAACAGAAAGACGUCGUUAUAGCUCCUUGAAGAGUUUCCGCUGAAACUCAGUAGGUACGGUUUAUCCCUCGCAACGUCGAUCAUGUUAUGGUCGAUCAUCCGGAAAAGGCCCAACGAGGCGCUCCGCCGAGUCCGUCAGGGCAGACAUUAGCAGUGAAGGUUUUCGCAUUAUGUCCAUUUCAUGCAUUGAUUGGCGGCGUUGAGGCGUUUGGGUUGGUGACGCUGAUAGAUCCAUAUUCACGGAGGCAUCACCAGCCUCAUCUCUUGAAGUAGCUCCUUGGGCAGGUGCCUUUGUGCAAGGGAGAAAAUGGUUGUCGAGUUGUUGAUGUGACGUUGCCUAUUCAAUCAGCCUUUUGUACAUUUAAGCUCAACAUGGAGAUACGUAUUUACCUUCGCAUCAACGUCAUGACAUCGCUCUCAUCGAUAGUACUCCUUCCUGCAUGCUUGGAAUAUACCGCCAGGUCCUCACUCAUCUGUUCGAAAAACCAGGAUGUUGCUUGCUCGAUCGCAGCCAAGGUAUCCCUGUUAAUCUUGGUCUUGGACAUAGCUCUAGAUCGCGCAAACUGGGUGGCCAGUUUUCGAACUACUCCCGAGGGAAUAUUUGGAAUAGGAAUUCCGUGCCUUGAAAGCUUCUUUUGCUUUGGACCUGAUUCAGAAAUAUCUUCGUUUCUCAAUCCUCCCCCGAUUAUCCCCGGGCUUUCGCUGAGGGAUGCCUGAGGGGAGAGAUUGAGGUCAAGUCCAAAGCCACCUGCUGCAUCGUCAGAGGAAGGAAAAUCGGUGGCAGCCAAGUCUGGUUGUACGUCCAUUGCCGUCAGUUCAAAUACUUCGUCGUGCAUGGGUACCUCUGCCGGAUCCUCAAUGGCAGGGGCCGCGGGAGAAGGAAAGUCGAAAGUAAAAUUGAAACGUCCAAGAUCCUGAGUUUCUCCACUUUGCAUUAUAUUAGCCAUGUCACCUUACCAAGAAUGAAAAGGAGCUCUUGC